GUGGACGACAUUUUUUAUACAGCAGAAGUGUGGAAGCCGGAUUGUUGAAAUCACCAGGUGGUAAAAUCAUUAAAUUCACUCUACAUCAUCAGAAAUAAGUUAAUUGACGAGCAAAAUGUCUUACUCAACCGGAGAUCAGUCCUCAGUGGACAAAUCAAUGAGGAGUGUCUUUGUGGGAAAUAUUCCAUACAGAGCUACCGAGGAGAAUCUCAGGGAUAUCUUCGGUGAAAUCGGACCAAUUCUUUCGUUCAAAUUAGUAUAUGACAGAGAGACUGGAAGACCCAGGGGCUUUGGUUUCAUCGAGUACAAGGAUCAGGAAACAGCCCUGAAUGCAAUACAGUGUCUGAAUGGAUACGAGAUCGGUGGAAGAAUUCUCAGAGUCGACAAUGCCUCUUCUCAGAAGACUCGUCAAGACAUGCGAAGUCGAAACGACUACGACUCAAUGCGCGAUUGAUAAAUAUCCUCAAUUUUUUCUUUUCUAUAUAAAAGCGUAACGAUUGAUAUGGAAUUGUCAUGAUGAGUUGGAUGAUUAAAAUAAUGAAACGUC